AUGACGGAUUUGAAUCCGUUUGGCACUGCACGGAGUGCAGAGGAUGUCUUUGUUACAGCACAACCGGCAGAUGUUGAGGAAUCUCGACAACCAUCAAGAAAUGUACAAAAGGCCAACGUCACAGUAAAUGAUUACGAAACUACUAAGCCCGCGAUAAUUUCAUAUUCCAUGCCUCCAGAUCCUGAGCCUAAGUCUGCUCGAUUUGCUGGGACAAUGACAGAGCUGGAGGUGGGAGCGGUUAUAAGCAGGCGGAGAUACGACCAAGGAAUACAUGGAAGUCUGAUAGAAGAUCCAAUUUUGGGAGAUCUGGUUUUUCAAAACGAUGUUCGGUCGAUAGUAUUCCAUGUUGCCGCAUGCCCGGCUCUCCUGGCUGACACAAUGCGUUAUGUAUCUUUCCAUGCGCACAAUUCGAUAUACAACAAAGUUGGUACUUGGUCCCUUCCAAAAGGCUGGACACAAAAACAACAACGACUUCACGGUCAGGACCUUCACCUUGAGGGCGUGAGGGCUGGUAUUUUAAAAACGGUUGCCGAAACGCUGAGCACUAUAGUUGAGUUGCUCGAUAGUAGAAGAGGCAUUAACGUCAAGUAUUUUCUCAUCGCUGUUCCACACCAGGAUCAACUCAAUUUUCUGGUGGACAAUUGUGCAAGGUGGGUUGCUCUCAAAGAGCUUUCGAUAUUUCCCAUAUCCCGAGGGUUAUGUUCUUCGAGAGAGACGGCAUCUAAAAUUGUGCGAAAGUAUAUUGUACGCGAUUGGUGGGAUGGAAGAGAUUGGAUUGAGUGUUUUGUUUCUGGUCGCCAAACAUCAGAAUUACAUGGAAUACACUAA